UUGGUCCAGAUACUUCAGAAAGUGCAGUUCAGUUGUUCCGAGCGCUAGUUAGUUCCAUUUCGACUCGUGAACGAGAGAAAGUGAAAUCUCAAUAAGCUACCUUUCUGUCUCCAACAUGUUGGAAUAAGUGCAUACAUACAUCUAGCAAACAGAAUUUGGAGGCAUCCCAGCAAGAGCGAUGGAACUGACUUGGAAUAAAUUACUGCUUCUCUUAGGUUUGCUAAGCUCUGCUGCGUCUGAAUCAAAUAGCCAUAAGUUUCCUACAGAUAUCUAUGAGUAUGGAUUCGAAUCCCAGAGAAUGGAUGUCAGUCAAUCAAGUGCCAAAUUACCUCUAGAGACUCGAAAAGUCAGCACUUCUCUGUCAGCUGAAAGAUCACAAAGCCUUCCAGAGACUCUCGUUUCCGAAACUCUCAGAGCAAAAGAAGUUGAACAAGCUUCCAAGUUCAUAAAACGCAUGUUCAUAGAUGAGAGUGAAGAAGAGGAAGAUGAUCAACCUUCUAAAUCCAUAAAAGAUGUAUUUAAAGAAGAAGACGAAUCGCAGCUUAGAGUUUCAGAUGAUAAUGAAGAGGCAAUGGAAAUUACUCCCGAAGAUUUGCAUUAUGAUUCUCAAAGGAUACAAAAUAUUCCAAAGUCAGAAUUUUUGAAUAAAAAUGCUGGAAUAUAUAAAACAUAUUCAAAUCUUCAUUCAGAAAAAUACGACAAUGUAUGGCUGGCUAGUGAAAAGCAGCAAGAAAAAAUUACCUCACCAAAAGAAGUAUCCGCUGAUGAAGAGGCAAAUGCAAAACAAGUAGCCAAUAAACAAGAAACUGACGGGAAAAUUAAAGACACUACGAAAAAUAACAAAACUAAACGGCGAAAAGUACUUCGGGUUAAAAAGCGACCAGGAUUUAAGAAUAAAAACAAUCAAACAAAACCUGAAUCAAAAAUACUUAAAGAACAAAAUCAAACCAAUAUGAAUAUUAAUAUGGAACGAAAGGACAAAGAGGAAAAUCGUUUAAAAUCUGAUAGACCAAUAUUAAACUUCCUGAAAUCUCACCAGCCAAUAGAAAAAGAGACAUUACCAGAAACCAACCUUUCCGCAGAAUUGCCUAAUACGACUAUAAAAGUUAAAAGACUUGAAAAAGAGUCUGCUAUUGAUUUCCACAGCGAGCUUGGAAACAAACAGCAAACCCAUCGUGAAAUAAAUUCACCGGAGCAAAGUACUUCAAAAGAACGUAAGGAUUAUGUGGUUACAUUUUUACGUAGAAUUGGUGAAAAACUGCUCAGUGAUUACAAACCUGUCAAACAAAGUUCCAAACCCGAGUGGGUGUCGAUGUAUAAAACUGAAGAUGGAGAAGCCAACAACAAUUAUUAUGUACAAAGUUUUAAUUAUAGGGGUGACCAAAAUAAAGAAGCGAAAGAUAUGAUAAAACUGAUACAGUGGACAUCUCUUAGAAACGAACCACAAAAGAAAGUUUUCGAUUCGUCAGAAAAGAAAACACCUUUUCAGAAAAAUAGAAAUUUCCAAACACAUGAUGCACGAAGCUAUUCAUCUGAAAAAAUUCUGAGAUCUAAUUCUGAAACAGGGAAAAGUCCAGUUAAAUGGAACAAAGUAACUAAUUAUAAACUACUAGAAGCUGGUAAAAAGGAUUUGGAAGGUAUUCACGAAAAACAGAUGGAGAAAAAAAUAGUUCGCAAAGUAUUCCCUGAAAACGAUAGAGCUAAAUUAGACGUGGCUUCGAUUAGUUUCAAAAAGAAAUCUACAAGUCAAAAUAGAAAACCUCAUUGGCAACCAGGAGAGCCUGUACAUAUCUCAGGACUUAAGCCGUUGAAAAAGAAAAUACAAUAUGAUGAAAAUGUUUCCGAAAGAGAAAAUUAUGAAGACCCUUAUCUAGAUAAUCAAGAAUCUGAUAAUAACAGUUUUCUACAAAACAAAGAGGAAAGUCUGCUUUUAAAAUCAAAGAAUGGUGAACCAGCAUUCUCUCAUUAUGACCAAAAUUUAAAAAGCAUUACUAGGAAAUCAGCGCCCAGCUACUCAACAGGUAACGAAAAUGGCAAGUAUUUUGUUCAUGUGUUUAGAAGAAUGGGAGAAGUAAGUAAAGAAGAUUUUGAUAUUAACAGUGAUGAAAUCCCUGAAGGUGAUGGCUAUGUAUCAUCUAUGAAAUUAAGUUGGGAUGAAGAUGAUACGAAUGCCCAAAUAGAAAGAGCCAUCGAUAGCUGGCCUAAGGUCAGCAAAACAUUCACGAGAGAAAAAGACUUUUUUACGAGAGUAGAUGAAAGCAUUAAAACUUUAGAAGAUGCGAACGAAAAAGCUCGUGGAGGAUCUAGCUCUACAGAGGAUGAUGAAUACCAUUCAGAAAAUGAAGAGUAUACAUACAGAAAAAAGAGAUCUACUGAGAAAACACAUGACCCCUAUAUAAAGACACAUUUUACAAUGGGAAAAAGCAAAACUUCAUUUCAGUCUACUUUAUCUAGCAAUCAAACUAAUCCAAUAUUUUUGGACAAACAUCAGAAACCUGUUGCAGGCAGCAGGCUUUCUGGAAAUGCAGCACACAUCACUCCAGCGCAAACACAUUACCGUAAUGCUGCUCGACAAUCAGAAUUAAAUGAUGACAAAGGGAGAAAUGCUGGAAAUUUUCGAACUUAUUACCAUAAACCGGAAUAUGAAAAGAAAAUGAGAAAACUUGCAAAAGAAUUCCAUAUAAAGAAAAGCACUGAAGCAUCUCCCUUCGAUGAAUACGCAAAACCAGUUCGGGAAUUAAAAAAUUAUCAAAUAUUUCAUUCCUACAAAGAACCGAAAAGAGAUCAAAAACCUAAAUCCCAAAUUGAAACAUUUUACAAUGUUAAGAAUAUAGACACGAAGCAAGACCGUAGAAUAUUUGAUAAAACUAAUAUGAAAAGUUUGCAACGUUUAAAACCAAGCUACAGUAACUUGCAACGAAAUAAUAACGGGCAUCAAAGGUUAACAGAUAAUACAGAAACAGAAGUUGUUCAGUCUUCGGCUGAUAUCAAUAAAUUCUUCUUUAAGAAAGGAGAAAGCAGCAAAGAAACUCGAGAUGCAAAAUCAAAGGGCACCUUUAACAAACCAAAUGAACGCAAGACAUUGGCUGAAAUGAGUUCUGAUAAAAUAUUGAUGGAAGCCAAUACGAAUGAACCAGUAAUCAAGACAUUUUUUCGUAAAAGUGGUCAAGCGGCUAUACCUGAUGGAAAAAAGUCAUUUUCUGAAUACGAUGGGACUAGAAAUAAACAAUCCGACAUGGAGAAACUGAAUGAUGAAGAAGAACAUGAUGAAUAUACAGCAGAGAACGCGGAUGCCGAAAGUGAUUCUCGCUAUUCUCCAAAUGAUGGUAUACUCCUGCCACAUGACGACCAAAACGACUUCCCCAAAAAUUCUAUAACUUAUCGCAAAGAAUCGAAAGCAAAGCCUGUGUUUCGUUUCGAAAGCGAUGACUGGAAACAUUCAUUUAGUUCUCCUGAAGAGCCUGAAUAUCCAAGGUUGCAUUCCAUACCCAAAACACACUUCACGUGCAAAGAAAAGUCAACAGGCUAUUAUGCAGAUCCCGAAACAGGAUGCCAGGUAUUCCAUAUGUGUCAAGCAACUGGAGAGAAGCAUUCUUUUCUCUGUCCAAAUACGACCGUGUUUAACCAAAAGCUUUUGGUUUGUGAUUGGUACAGCAAAGUGAAAUGUGAAAAAUCAGAAUUAUUUUACAGCAUCAAUGAUCAUAUUUACCAGCAAAACCCAAGUAAUAACGAAAUGACCAGUGCCAGACAUCCAGAUGAAAACAGCUGGAACUGGAAAUUACGACAACUAGAAGCUGAAGUGGAGAAAACAUUUUCUGCAAAUAAAGGUAAACUACCAAAGGAAGAAGAUUUGCAAACUGAUGAUGCAAAUAUACAGUCUUCUCCGUAUUUAAAGCACGCUGAUUUGAAUCACAACAAAACUACAAAUAGCCCCUCAAAACGCACAGAAUAUAAAUCCUCUGCAAGAAAAUCUUAUAACAAAGAUUACGGAAUAAGAGAAGCUACAAGAAAAUACAAUAAACCGUCCAGGAACAGAGGAAAUAAAGAUAAUUUGGGGAAAGAAAAGCCUCUAAAAUCAAGAGGUUAUGAUUAUCAUAAAGAUAAUGAAUACGUUCAUCUACAUAAGAAUGCUGAACGAGAAAACAGCGCUGAUAAUCUAAGUACUGGCAAACCAAAUUCUGAUGCAAACGAAUAUAGAACGAUUAAAAACAGCUGGGACGAAAAGGAAAUUCAAAAGACUACACAACCUGAACCGAAUUCAACGCCUGAAUCAAUUCAAAAUACGUAUGAUGAUAUCAGUUCAAAAUAUGUAAAUUCUGCAGUUGGAAAUCCUGCUUUUCAAAGUGAAAAUUCUUUCCACAGUGAAAAUAAUUUUAAAUCAAAUGAUAAAGAGUACGCAUCUGCAAUAAGCAAACAAGUAAAUAACCCCCAAAAGGAAAAAAAUAACAUAAUAUUAGUACAUAAAGCACAUCAUCAUGUAGACAAUGAUUCAGCUGAAAGUCGAGAAUUUUUAGAUAGGAAACCUGUUUGGGAUAAAAAAGUUAUUUCUGAAAGUGCUUCACAAAGAGCACAACGACCUAAUAAUGAACCUCCAGAGUAUUAUGUUCGCAAAAAAUAUUUGAAAACAAACAAUUCUAAAGAUGAAACAGUUAAUGAACAAGCUGUUUCAGAUAAUGACGAUAAUCCACAACAAAAUAAAAUGUAUUUGGAUGACUAUUUAGACUAUAGUGAUGUAUACAGGAACGGUGAAAAUACCCCUCACGAAGAAAACAAAAAGAUUACCUAUCCAAAAAAUGAUCAAAGGAUUCCUCGCUACAUCUAUCCUCUACCAGGCAUCAUACAAAAUGAUGAUGGAUCAAGAGAAUAUAAUUAUGGUUUCCGAGUAGAAGAUCCUCAAAAAAUUAAUUUACAGGGCGCUCGCAUUUUUAAAAUAAGUUUUCACGAUCCUAAUACCAAGAUUAAAAUAGGAAAACAAACAGAUUACAGCCAACCAACUAUAGAGUUGCAUAAAGAGCUGCUCAAUAAUGAUAAAGAUUUUCAUAAAAAUAUACGAGUAUACAAUUUAACAACUCGCAGUUUUCCAGAUGAAACACAAAAAAUAUAUUUGGCGCCUUUCUCAUUUGAAAGACAAUCUGGCAAGAAUGCACAGGUAAAAACUCAUAAUAAAUUUGUGGAGCAAAAAUCACUAAUCAAACCACCUAAGAUUAUCCCAUCGGCAAUUCAAAAUUAUGACGCCGAGAUCAAAACGAAAACAAGUAUGAAAAAUAUUGUCUUCGAUAAGAAUUUUAGAAAUGCACAAUUAACACCCUAUGGUGGUAGUCCUAAACAAACAAAUUAUAACAUAAUAACAGAAAAUCCAGAUGUUCCCACAGUCGAUGUAAAAGCGGACAGUAACAAGCACCUUUAUACACGUCCUAAGCCUGUAAUGCUCACACACAAUGAAAAAACUAAUUUGUCAAAAAGUAGUGAGGGGGAACUAGCUUAUGGAGUCGUAGUCAAAACUAGACCAGUAAAUCAAAAUUUUGAAAUCUUAGGAAAUACUGACAAAGCAAAAUCCUUGUUGCUAAAAUAUAAACAAGCCUCUCAAUUUUCCGAUUUGAAUUCUGAAAAGCCUAGUUUGCGGUCUUACGGUUACACAGUACAAAUGGGUCCUUUUCGGAAAGUGAAAGUUCCCCGUUUUGAAAACGAGCUGCAAAUCGAAGAAGAUAUACAUUCCCAAGCAGCAAUAAAACCAUUUUCAUCUAAUACGGAGGUGCUAAACACCGAAAAAAUAAAUCAUAUACCAUUAUCACUAGACAAAACCAUAUUUCAAAAAAAUUCAAAACCCUUUAUAGAGUCGGUAUUUCCAGGUCCUACAAGCGCACGUAACAAUCAAGAUCAAAUUAUUAAACUGAUUCCUCUCACAAAAGACAUACAGGAGCCCAUCCUAGAAAAGAAAAAAUCUGACAAUAGUCAACAACAUCAUCAGGAUCGUCUCCAGAGAAUACCUGAAUUACAAUAUAACAAAAAAAAUAACGCCCAUAAAAUGUAUUACAAAAUACCUUCGGCUCAGGAAGUUCGCAAAGAAAAAUUUGAAAAUUCUGGUACACCCCAAAGACCUCAGAAUUUCGCUAUAGGAGUACAGCCUUCUAUUAACAGCAAAUACGUUUUCACAGAUGGAGCAAAAUUACAUAAAGAAACGGGAUAUUCAAUGAACCCAACCUCAGAAAAUCACUCCACAACUGAUUCUAUCAAGCAACAGCCUCCUUUGAAAAAUGAUGAAAGUUUCGAAUGUGACGAUGAAUCUGAAUCAAGUCAAAAUACUUUUAAUCCUAAAAACCUUCAAUUAGGUAAAAAUGGACCCGCUCACAAGAUUAUCACGAAUGCACCAUCGUUUAAUAAUAACGUCAGGAAACAUGUAGAGGUAACUCUGAAAGGUAACAGAAAAUUUUAUGAUGAAACAACGGUGCAUCACGAUGAAACUGAUAACAGCGCAUCGCGAUGCAGUUACCAUAGCAGCAGCAAAGAAAGUAACAUCGAAAUUCCAGAACCUAACUAUAGCAAUGCAAAAGAAAAAUUUAUUGCUAAAUUAUUGAAACCGAAAGUACAGAACACACCUAAGCCUGAUGGUUACAGUAAACAAAAUGAGAAGUUGAAAUAUCCGCUUUUCCCCAUUACUCAAGCACCAAAGAUGGAAAAAGCACAACAAUACGAAGUUCCACUUCAGAAACGGCCCAUAAAACUUUUCGAUCUUCCAAGAGCAUCACAUCCAGCAGCUGUAAAGUACUACCCCGUAAAGAAAACUACCUUAAAUGAUGAUCAAAUUCUGGAAAAGAAAUUAUAUAACGAUGAAAUUAGAACUACAGAUGCUAUGCCAUAUACGUCCUCUAUAAGUAAUACACGAGAAGCAAAAUCCUCUGAAGAAUCUAGAAGUGCGUCAUCUUCAGAUAAUAAAUGGGAAGGAAAGUCUUUUGACGAAUCCUUUGACAUUAAAGAUCAAAAAUCUUCAGAUAGAUCAAAGCGUGUUGCUGAAGACAGGUAUUCUAAAUAUGCUGAAUUAGAGAGAGCAGCAGAAUUGGAAGCGGAAAGAAUGAUCAAGAGCAAAAGACGAAACGUAAAUAAAUAAAUAUCUUCGCCUACAAUAAAAAAGUAAUGCUUAAAUGAGGGACGAGAGUAUUUAAUUUUUAUGUAUGGGGUAAGAAUAAGAAAAAAUGAACUGAUGAACAAAAGUAAUUCUUUGAUUACUACUUGUAAAUAAUAUGUAAAUAUGAAUAAAUUUAUUUUUAUAAAAGAA